UUGCUUCUAACUUCACUUCCACUUCCUCUCCGUUCUGAUGCUCAACCACCGUUGCAUCUCUCUUACGCCACUCGCCGCCGCCACGACACCAUGUCAACACAACACGAUUCUCGCUCUCUAAACUGGCACUACACUGAGCUAGAUGACAAAGACCUUGAAAUCCGUGGCAAAACACUCUUCUUCGUCAUCGUUCUCUUCUCCAUUAUACUCCUCACCACUGUCUUCUUCCUCUACACGCGCUGGGUCUGCCGCUACAAUCACCACCACCGCUCCUCCGCCGCCCACGCGCGCCACGCGCCGCAGUCAUCACUUCCUUCCCAGGGUCUUGACCAGGCGUCCAUAAAGAAACUUCCGAUCAUCCUCCAUCAGGCGCCAGCGGAGCCCCACGGCGGCGCGUGGGAGGAGACGGAGUGUUGCAUCUGCCUGGGCGAGUUCGUCGACGGCGAGAAGCUGAAGGUUCUUCCGGCGUGUGAACACUAUUUCCAUUGUGAAUGCGUUGAUAAGUGGCUAAUGCAACAUUCUAGUUGCCCGCUUUGUAGGGCUUCACUCAAAGUUGAAUCUUCGUUACCAAAGAUUUUGAUUCAAGAACCACCCAUUAGAAUUGACAUCCAAUUUUAAUGGAACAGAGCAUAGCGGCGAAAAAUUGGAAGACUUUCACCUUGCUGCCACAAAACAAGGUUGCAGAAGAAGGAUCUUUUUGUGUGCUGCAACAUCAACGGCGAUUGCAUCAAAAAACGCCGCUAGAAACUCGCGAAGAGUCCUUAGUAGUGCGCAAAACACUGCCGUCGCUGUUCUACCGUGUCACUGCUGUCGAUCCAUCGCCAUCGAGAUUUUGCCUCAUCCACAGUUCCUGAAACCUAUACUCUUUCAGCCAAGGUGUGCGAAAUUCCUAACUUCUGCUCCACCUUGUGCCUCUGUUUGGGUUGUCAAGUCGCACAGCUGCCAUCCGUACUUCUCCCACCGGCGUCGAAGUUUUUCAUCUCCUUGAUCGUGCGUGAAACUAUUACACUAUCCUCCACCGUGCAAAGGCAGAGCUAUCGCGGCCUCUCCCCUGUCGCUGGAACAGAGCAUAGCGGCGAAAAAUUGGAAGACUUUCACCUUGCUGCCACAAAACAAGGUUGCGGAAGAAGGAUCUUUUUGUGUGCUGCAACAUCAACGGCGAUUGCAUCAAAAAACGCCGCUAGAAACUCGCGAAGAGUCCUUAGUAGUGCGCAAAACACUGCCGUCGCUGUUCUACCGUGUCACUGCUGUCGAUCCAUCGCCAUCGAGAUUUUGCCUCAUCCACAGUUCCUGAAACCUAUACUCCUUCAGCCAAGGUGUGCGAAAUUCCUAACUUCUGCUCCACCUUGUGCCUCUGUUUGGGUUGUCAAGUCGCACAGCUGCCAUCCGUAUUUCUCCCACCGACGUCGAAUUUUUCCAUCUCCUUGAUCGUGCGUGAAACUAUUACACUAUCCUCCACCGUGCAAAGGCAGAGCUAUCGCGGCCUCUCCCCUGUUGCUGGUUUAUUCUGACACUUUGAUAUUUCCUUCUUGUUUUCAUUCUUGGUUCAGAAUUUUGAAAAAGAAUUUGUCUAUAUCUUCCAUUAAAUGUGGUUAAUUGAUGCUGUUUAGAGUUAGGGAUUUGAAGGUACCACUUUUUUUAUUUAAUCGGUGCUUUGUAUUGAAAGUGAUAGUUAGAGUAGAUAAUUGAAAAAAGGGUCAUUAUCAUUAUUAGAGGAAUGAAUUGUUCAUGGAUCGUGCUUCCUAUUUUUGGAAUUGGAAUCAGUAAACAAGAGGGACUUAGGUGCGUGUAUAGAUCAAAACAAAAAAAUGCUAAGGUGUUCAUGUUGAUCUCCAUUAUGCCCUCGGUAUGCUACUAGCAGCUAUGUUCUGCUUCUGAGUUUGGAAUUACGGAGAUUGUUCGGUUUAAUAGUUGCUGAUCUAAUGAUGUGUGUUAGGGAAAUUACUUGCAAAUUUUGAUGCUGAUUGUUGCUAUUUUUUAGUCAUUGUGCCUAUUCUGCUAUUGCUUAUUUCUUUUUAUAGUGGUUGACAUCCUAUGAAACAAAUACUCUAUUUUGGUUGUUUUAUAUAAAUAACUUUUGAGACCAAUUUUUUUCAUUCAUAUUUGUGUGUUCUUUUACUGUGAUGAAAGUGAUACAAUUAAUUAUCUUAUUUGGCAUAUUCUCGACAUGAGAUGGACCCAUCAACAAAAUGAUUGUAUUUGCUAAUUGGUGUCAGUAGGAAAGAAUUGAGGAGAUUGAGCAACAGGAUGAGUCUUCCAGAGUGUUGUCUCAAAAUGAUUUAAUUGCUCAGAUUUUCGGAAGAGAAACCAGGUAAAGUAUAUGGUGUGGGUAUCGGACCGACUCCUAGUCAACUCUUCAGUCCGAAUUUACAUGCGCCACGCAACAGAGUACAAGUAUAGGAGACACAAAAGAAGCUACUUGAACUGCAGGCAGAGCUGAAAUGCGAGAAGUUGAAAAGGAAGGCGAUGGAGGAUGAAGCAGCAUCAGAGAAGAAAAAGAAGCAGGCGAUGGAGAGUGCUCUAAUUUAUCUAUUUCAACGGCAGGGUAAGGAGCUGCCACCAGAUCGCUGCAGGGAUGAGAUCCGUGGAAUGCUAGAGUGAAAUUAGUAUAUUAGGAUUGGAGAUAUUUUGGAUUGAAACAAACAUUUUUCUUUUGAAUUAGACUAUGCAAGUCUUUGCACGAGAUUUAUUUUCUUCGUAUUUUUAUGAAUAUAUUAUUUUGUUUUGCA